GAGGCGCUGGGAGCGGCGGAGACAAACCCCGACCCGGCCGGGCAGCGGGAGCUGGAGGGCGGGGCCCAGGCCCGAGGCCAGGGCGAUGGCCGCAGGCGGCUCUGCUCAGGUGCCGGUGGCAUUUGAGGGCGUCGCAGUCUAUUUCUCCCCGGAGGAGUGGGCAGCGUUAGUGGAAUGGCAGAGGGAGCUGUACCAGGCUGUGAUGAAGGAGAAUUACGAGCUAGUGGCCUCAUUGGGGCAUCUUGGUGCCAAACCUGAGAUCAUCUUCCAGAUGGAGCGAGGGGAAGAGCCAUAUGUAGGGGAUCCCUGGAGCUGGAAAGAAAGAAGCACAGCCCAGAACCCCUGCUCGGGCUCACCAAUGCUGGACUCCUGGAAGCAGCUCGACUGCCUAGGAGUCAAAAAAGAGAUCCUGGCUUGCCAUGACACUGGAUCCCCCUGUCGCCUGUCCUCCAUACUCCUCCUGCUCUUCCUCGUCCAACACCUCAUCCUCAGGGUUCACUCAGGUGGCCUGUGACUCCAUCUCCCCCGAAGUAUGCCCAGGGCAUUUGGUGGUGGUGGUGGUGGGGCCUCCCCUGAGGAUGACAUGCAGCUCCUUGUAGAAGCGGCAUGUCUGCAACUCUGCAUCAGAACGACUAUUUGCUUCCCUGGCCUUCUGGUAUACCUGCUGCAGCUUCUUGAUUUUCAUGCGACACUGCUGUGUGUCCCUAUCGUCGUCCUCCUUCAUGCCCCGAGCCAUCUGGCUGUAGAUGUCAAAGUUCUUCUGGCUGGGUCGGAUCUGUGCCGACACAGCCUCCUCUCUCCACAGACCCAGGAGAUCCACAUCUGCCAUAUUCUCUGGGCAGGAGCGUGUCUGCCAUGUGGAGUCGGCAUGGUUGGCUGGGCCAUUGGGAUGUGAGCUUUCCAGACCGAGCACAAAGGAAAUGGAAUUUCAAAAAUUCUCAGGGCUUUAAAAGGGGAGGGGUAUAUACCUGUGUACCUGGCUGCCGGGCAGUGGAGUUCAAAACUGUGACGAGAACAGUCAUGGUGGGGCAUUGUGGGACACUU